AUGUGUACAACGCAAGCCCUGAGAGGGGCUGGGAGAGAAGGGUUGUGGUACACAGCCCUGAGCGGGGCUGAACCACUAAGGAGGACUCCACUUCCCACAGAGCACCGGGAAGCCCCACCAGGACCACCAACCACCAAGACAACGGGAGACCCUCGUCCUAGAGGAGGCCUGCGUCUCUGGCCCGGGCUCAAGCUUGCCAGACAGGGACGAGGCUUGAAAGUCUUUCCACGGGCGGCGGAAUCGAGUCCCAAGCCCCACGCCCCACUGGAGCCGGUUGGUAAAAAGAACUCACCUGAGAAAACCCAGGAACUCAGACACCGCACGGGACUCACGCCGACCGGAAGCCCCAGCACUUCCGCCUUCCCGGCAACCCGCUCUACUGCCCCCGCCCCCCGGGCGGCGCGCUGCUCGCUGGGAGCCAAAACGCCCCGGACGGCCUCGAGAGGCGGGGUCCUCUGGAGUCCCGGGUUGACGCGCUUCUUGCCUUGGGUGCGAGUGCUGACCUGGGAGCUGGGCUCCUCCCAGAUAGGUUCUAAAGUCGGAUUAGGGAAAUGCAGAGAAGCCGCGUCGAGGGUCGGACACCAGCUAAGCCUGCGUCCCGAGCGUGAGCGGGGUAGCCCCGAGACUAAGCCAAGGAGGGAGAACCGCCAGAUGACCCUGCCGUCAGAGGCUGGAAAAAGCUCAUAACAUGCAAUAUAUUUUAAAAAAUGCUUGAAAAACCUGCUUCCUUUAGAGAUUAAGAAGUUCCGAUACAGCAAGUGAAUUUCUAUUUUAAAGUUAUAUGUUAGAUCUGGCCACCUCUCCCAAAAAUACAUGUUAACAUUGCAUUUUAAAUCAGAGAAAGCUCACUUUCAAAUGGUCCAAAUUGACUGCAUCUUGCUUAACAUACCAGGCCAAGACUUUUGAAUAGAUACUUGGCACCAAAAAAGAGAAACAAGUUUAUCUAUUAUGAAAAUGUUAUAGUGUUAAAUAUGUCAUAAUUCUGCAUUACUGAUGCUUUAAAAGGCUGAAUCGUAGAUUGCAUUAUUGAGAAAAAAACCUUUUUGAACAUGUUCCUCACCAGUUAUAUAUAAAAGCAGUUCUAACAGAACAGUUAAAUGGCCUUGCUAUAUUUAAAUAUCCUUAAUUCAUUCCCUCAUUCAUACACUUGAGUAUGCAUUCUGUGAUAGGCACUAUGCUGGGUAUACAAAGAUGAUGGGAACUAAACUACUGUCUUCAGGAAACUUUAACCCCUGAUGGUGGGAUAAAGCUUAAGGGUCAAACUGGACAUUGCUUCAGCUCCAUCACAGAGCUAGGAGGAGCCUGUGGGACAGAAGGUACAGUGGGUCGCACUGAAUACCUGAGAGGAAGCAGAAUGGUUUCCCAUCUCAAAGCCAUGCUACACUACUGGCACCAGCUAAUGGGGCCUCUACAGUCAGGCCUCGCCCAUGUAAUUCCUGAUCUGAAUAAUCACUUAGUAAGGACUAGGAAGACGAAUGGGAUUCAGAUGGUGACUCCAAGCUGCCCAGGCACUAGGUGACAGAGACUUCAAAACAAAGCUUUAGGGCUUCCCUGGUGGCGCAGUGGUUGAGAGCCCGCCUGCCGAUGCAGGGGACGCGGGUUCGUGCCCG